AUGUCGGUGGAGUGCUACGUGGACCGCAUUGCACGGUACAGCGGCCUCAGUGGGGAGACGCUCAUUAUAAGUCUGAUGAUGCUCAUAAAGUACUCUUACAUUGUCGGCCACCCAGUGAGCAUCUACAACUUGCACCGCCUCCUGAUCACCAGUGCGCUUCUCGGGGCGAAGAUGCGGGAGGACAUGUACUACAGCAACGCGUACUACAGUUGCCUUGGCGGUAUCGGUAAUGCUGAGAUAAAUAAGCUCGAGGUCGUCUUUUGCAUUCAGCUAGGGUGGAACAUGUGGAUCGAUGAGAAGGAGUAUGAAACCUUUGAGUCACUGCUGCUGCGCCUGCUGCAUGAAACCACUGGAGCUGGCACUAGCACUGCUGCUCCUGAUGUCUCUGACGUCGUAGACAAGUCAACACGGAAGAGUCUGCAACGUCGCUUCUGGUUGGAGCACCUGCGGCCGUGGAAGUUGCACUUCGAGGAGAAAGUGGCGGCGCAGAGACGUGACGACUUGUCGCGCGCCGCUAAGAAUCAGAUUAGCAUGCCUGGAAGCAAUGGAAAGAAUGCCCACCUUGAAGGGCUCCCGCCACACUNGCGCCGCUAA